AUCCUGGCUCUCCGCAUCCAGUCCUUCUUGCCGGGGCUGAUACACCGGGACCAGGUGGGAUUCGUGAGGGGCCGUGAGGCCCGUGACAACACAGUGAAGGUGAUCAGUUUGAUACACGUGGCUCAAAAACAAGCAUCCCCAUCACUGCUGAUAUCGACGGAAGUGGAAAAGGCGUUCAACAGGGUAGAUUUGUCGUUCCUCAUGACGACACUUAGGCAGGUGGGCUUCGGACCCCACAUGAUGUCAUGUAUCCAGGCUCUCUACCGCAAACCGGCGGCACGAGUUCAAGUGAAUGGAAUCCUGUCCCAACCAUUCGAUAUACGAAAUGGGACUCGACAGGGGUGCCCCUUGUCGCCUCUGCUCUUUGUUAUUAGCCUGGAACUGUUUCUCAACGCAAUAAGAGAAAACACCAGAGUGCGGGGAAUAAGAGGGGCUUGGGAAGAAAGCAUAUGCCGAUGAUCUUCUCUUCACAGUCACAAAUCCACAAACAUCUCUACAAGAGAUUAUUUAAGAAUUCGAAACAUAUUACCUCCUGUCUAACCUGAAAAUAAACUACAGGAAAUCAGACUAAAUACCGCUACGCAGUACAUCUACAGAGGAUCGUGGAGUGGACCCAUGCCCCCCCCCGAGGAAGCUCUGGGUGGCGAUAGAGGACAGCUUCUCCGAGACCCCUCUGGCGAUGUUGCCAUGGGUGCCGAAGGGGGUGGAGGGGAUGGUGCCAAGGGACCACCCGUCCAGCAAAGCCACAAUGUGAACCUGGAGGACGUUGGCCCAGAGGGGGAAUCUGGCACCGGAGGUGUCCUCCCUGCAACCUAUUGUAGGAAACCCGCUAUUUCGGCCGGCAGCCUUGCCGCAGUUCCUGACCACCCUGGGCCUGCCGAGGCAGUGCAGACUAAAACACAUAAGCACAGAAGGGAAACCAACACCCCUUGCGGGCCUACCAGUCCUGGACCCCUCAAGUUUCCUGACCCAGUUCAGAUACCACCAACUGGUGAGAUACGUCAAAUCCAUCCCAAACCUAGAAUCGGCAAACAGGCAACUGACGGCUUUAGGAAACAUUGUGCGACCAAGAUACCCUACCAGCACACUGCAUCUCAAUACUAUACCAAAUGAUUCUCCCAGCCAGAAACGGUAACCAACUACCAUCCUACACUAGAUAUUGGGAGAGAGACCUGGGAUUCUCCCUGACGGAAACCAAUGGCUAAACGUAUUCGUUACCAUACAUAAAUCUUCGAUCAGCACAAAAUAACAGGAAUCAGGGUACAAAUUGAUAACUCAUUGGUACAGGACCCCCGAGAAGCUCUCCGCCGCAGGCUGCCAGGUCCACAGAGCUAUCACCAAGAUAACAGACGCUAACAUCGAAUUCACUCCCGAAGCAUAUCUCCUACACGUCGCGUCAAUGCCACCCAUGCGAUAUAAAAAAACGGUGCUACCACACCUAAUUAACGCAGCGCGCAGCCUCAUACCCAACCACUGGAAGAAGACAAUCCCCUCCAUUAGGGAUUGGAUCCGAAGGGUGGAAGACAUAUGGGAGAUUGAGGAGCUUAUCUGUAAUGAUAUUGAUGUUACAAAGUUUUGGAGUCCAGUAGCCAGAUCAGCAAUGUUUUCUGCCAGAGGUAGCCACUCGUUACCCAGGUGGUUGAGCCCCUGAGCCUUGAGUGGCCUUCUGGUCUUAAGCAGAGAUGGGAGACUGGAACAGAAAGAUGAUAAUCGUAGUGAGGCAAGCCGAGGUCAGUGGGAAGGAGAAGCAGCAAAGUCAAAACAGUCCAAAUUCAGCAACAGGAAGGAGAAACAGGAACACGCUUGAUUAGAGAGUACAGGAACCACAAUAAUCUGGCAAAGGUACAGAGACAGGAAGUGGCUUUUAUAGGCCAAGAACCAGACACCUGACCAGACACAGCUGAAGAGAGUUGUCACUGAUAACCUUGACUCUACAAGCAAUGGUAUCAGAUCUCAGGUAAAUUUGCAAAAGGCAGGCUGGUGUACUGGUAAGGAAAAGGUUUAGCACCAUGUAAACCAGGGUUCGAAACCCAGCAGAGUCAGUUCCUCACAUUACCUCCACCUCUAUAGGCGCAGCCUCUGGAUGCCCUAUUUCCUGGUUUAGCAGGGUACUGUUCAUGGAAAGACUGAAGAAGAUCAGGAGCAUGAAUAUUGUCCACUGGUUCCCACGAUCUAUCCUCCUCACCAUAGCCUUUCCAAUGAACCAAGUAUUGAAGCUUGUUGCGGAAGAUCCUGGAGUCAAGAAUUUUUCCCACCUCGUAUUCAUCUUCACCAUCCACGAGGACUGGUGGUGGGGCAGGCAAGGCUCGACCAGGGAAAGUAUUUUCAUGAAAAGGUUUAAGCAGUGCCACGUGAAACACCGGAUGUAUUUUCAUGGAAUCCGGAAGUUGCAGACGGAAGGUGACUGCAUUGAUCUGAGCGAUUAUCUUAAAAGGUCCCAUGAACUUUUGACCCAAUUUAUGAGAAGGAAUCCUAAGCUUAAGAUUCUUUGUUGACAGCCAAACCUUGUCACCAACAUGAUAAACUGGGGCCUCCUUUCUGUGCCUAUCAGCAGCUCUUUUGUAACAUUCCUGAGCCUCCGAAAGAGUCUCCUUCAACAGUUCUUGGGAAUCUCGUAAGGCGGUUAGCCGGUCAGUGACUGCAGGAAUGGGAGUAGUAAUUGGGAGACUCACUAGAAAGGUUGGAUGGUAACCAUAAUUGGCAAAAAAUGGGCUCAGAGAAGUGGAGCAGUGUUGGGCAUUGUUAUAGGCAAACUCCGCCGUGGGUAGAAAAUCCAGCCAGUCAUCCUGCAGGUAACUAAUAUAGCACCGCAAAUAUUGUUCUAAAGUCUGGUUGGUUCGCUCAGUCUGUCCAUUACUUUGUGGAUGAAAAGCUGAAGACAGAUUUACAUUAAUACCUAGAAUAGAACAAAAAUAUUUCCAAAAAUGAGAUGUAAACUGCACUCCCCUGUCAGAAAUUACUUCAUCAGGCACUCCAUGCAAGCGAAAUAUUUCCCGAAUAACAAGGUCAGCAGUCUGUUUAGCUGAAGGGAGACCACGAGCUGGUAUGAAAUGACUCAUCUUGGUUAACCGGUCCACAACAACAAGAAUAGUAGUGUGUUCCUUAGAGGGAGGUAGUUCCACAAUAAAGUCCAUGGAUAUAGAUCCCCAGGGACGAUGAGGAAUCGGAAGAGGCUGAAGCAAGCCAACAGGGGAUGAGCGAGGAGUCUUAUGUCUGGCACAUACAUCACAAGAGGACACAUACUUCUUAACAUCCUCAUAAUAUUUAGGCCACCAAAAGGAUCGGGUAAGUAGUUCUUGUGUCUUUCGGAUUCCUGGAUGACCUGCUGGUUUAGAGUCAUGGUAGAGGCGUAAAACGUCCAGUCGCACUGAUUCUGGAACAAACAGACGUUGUUGAAAAAUCCAAAACCCAUUAAGCAUGGUCAUAUGAAGAUCACGAGGAGGAUCACGAAAAACUGGAUCUUUAGAGUAGCCCUUUUUAAUGCGAGACAUUAGAUCAGAAGGAAAGGUAACUCCUAAAAAUCUGCUCUCCGGCAAGAUGGUGGCCUUGGUUACUGUAGUAUGGAGGGGGUCAGCUAUCCUAGACAAGGCAUCCGCCUUGCCAUUUCUGGAACCAGGGCGGUAUGAAAUAAAAAAAUUAAACCUUGAGAAAAAUAGGGACCAGCGUGCUUGUCUGGCUGACAGUCUCUUAGCGGAUUGGAUACAUUCCAGAUUUUGUGAUCUGUGAGGACAGUAAUUGGAUGGGUGGCUCCCUCCAAGAGAUGUCUCCAUUCGGUGAAGGCAGCUUUUAUAGCCAAAAGUUCUUUAUUCCCUAUGUCAUAAUUUCUUUCUGCUGGUAACAUCUGGCGGGAAUAGAAGGCACAUGGAUGUAACAACAUCUUAGGUCCAGUCCUUUGAGAUAGUAUAGCCCCAACAGCUGAAUCAGAAGCAUCUACCUCUACAGUAAAUGGCAAUUCUGGCUGAGGAUGUACCAAGAUAGGGGCAGAUGUAAACAGAGUCUUUAAUCUGGAAAAUGCAGUGUCAGCCUUAUUGGACCACUGAAAAGGAGUCCCUUUACGUGUAAGUUCAGUGAUCGGUGUAAUAACGGCAGAGAAAUUCUUAAUGAAACGCCUGUAAAAAUUGGCAAACCCCACAAAUCUCUGUAUAUCUUUUUCAUUCUUGGGGAUGGGCCAGUCCAGCACAGCUUUAAUUUUACUUGCGUCCAUACUUAAACCUUUAGGAGUUAUUACAUACCCCAGGAACUGAAUUUCUGUUUGUUCAAACUCACAUUUUUCCAGUUUAAUGUAUAGGUGGUGGGUACGAAGGCGCUCAAGAACAAUGCAGACCUGUUUUCUGUGAUUUUCAAGAUUAUCAGAAAAUAUCAGGAUAUCAUCCAAAUAUGCCACAACAAACUGAUCCAGGAGAUCCCGUAGUACAUCAUUGAUUAGAUGCUGAAAAGUUGCAGGGGCAUUACAAAGCCCAAAUGGCAUUACUAGAUAUUCGUAAUGUCCGUACCUGGUUCUGAAAGCUGUUUUCCAUUCAUCAUUUGGUCUUAUGCGAACCAGAUUAUAUGCCCCCCGUAGAUCAAGCUUCGUAAAUAUUUUAGCUGAACGAAGUCUCUCCAGAAGUUCAGGAAUGAGAGGCAAGGGAUAACGGUUUUUAACAGUGAUUUUAUUAAUGUCCCUGUAAUCGACACAUGGCCGUAGACUGCCAUCUUUCUUUUCUACAAAGAAUAUAGGAGCUCCUGCUGGAGAAGUGGAUGGUCGAAUAAAGCCUUUGGCAAGAUUUUCUUGUAUGUAUUCACGAAGUGCUUUCAAUUCAGGCUCAGAAAGGGAGUAUAUACGGCCAAAUGGGAUAGCAGCUCCAGGUAGCAGCUCUAUGGGGCAAUCAUAAGGCCUAUGAGGUGGAAGCUGAUCAGCAUUCUUCUUAUCACAGACAUCUGCAAAAUCCCGAUAUUGUAGCGGAAGCUUGGUUAAGUUUGUAGCAACCAUUUCAUUAAUUGUUGUGGUAACAGGUGUCGCCUUAGAGGGUUGACAAUUCAUUAAGCAGUGUUCUGAAGGAAAGGACAAAGUUCUAGUCUUCCAAUCAAUCUGUGGGUUAUGCAGAGCAAGCCAGGGUAUACCCAAAAUCACUGGAAACUGUGUUGAGGAAAUUAGGUGGAAAGAUAUAGACUCAUGGUGAUUCACUUCCAGAAUCAAUUUUAAGGGCACAGUCUCAUGUGUAACCGGGCCUGACGUAAGUGGAGAACCGUCUACUGUUUCCAUUAACACAGGUGAAGAUUUAGGGAUAGACUGAAUUUUAUUUUCUGCUGCAAAUUUAAUGUCCAUAAAGUUUCCGCCUGCUCCGGAAUCUAUCAUAGCUGUAGUUGAAAUUUUAUUAUUACCAUAUUGCAAAGUGAUAGGCACCACCAAAUGAGGAUGUUGAGUCAUCAUACCUUCUUCACCCUGAGCCAGAGAAAACAAGGGUUGUGUGACAGAAUCCAGUUGGUCUGAAAUCUGGGAUUGGUGUUGAAUCUGUGCACCCUCAGCAGUCAUAGCUAUUGUUCUUUUAGACUUGUUAGGGCAAUUGAUGGCAUAAUGCCCUGUACUACCACAAUACAGGCAUAAGUUGUGAGUGCGUCGCCACUGUUUUUCUUCAUUGGAUAAUGGCCCUCUUAUUAGAUCUACCUGCAUAGCCUCAGGUUCAGAGUCUGUAGGUGUUUGUGGGGUCGGAGUAGAAAUUCUUGAAUAGAAAGUAGGAGUAGCACUUGGUUUAAAAGAGCCCUGUCUUUCCAAUCUUCUUUCUGAAAGUCUCCGAUCAAUACGGAUAGCCAACCGCACAAAUGCAUCAAACUCAACAGGAAGAUCAACACGAGCUAGCUCAUCUUUUAUAGCUUCUGAGAGACCCCUUCUGAAGUGGAACCUCUGGGCUGAUUGGUUCCAAGUAGUAUCAGUAACCCACUGUCUGAAUUCAGCAGCAUAUUCAGCCACAGAGCGCCUCCCUUGAUGUAAAUGAAGGAGAGUGGCUUCUGCUGUAGCACAGCGAUUGGGAUCAUCAAAAACUAGGCACAUGGCCUCAAGAAAGUCUUUUAAAUUUCCCAAGAUUGGACUGUCCUGUUCCAGAAAAGGGGAGCCCCAGGCCAGGGCUUCAUCUUUGAAGAGGGAAAAAAUAAAUCCCACCUUCUCUCUUUCAGAUGGAAAACGGUUAGGUAACAUCAUGAAAUGCAAACGGCAUUGAUUUAGGAAACCCCUGAAUUUUUUGCGGUCUCCUCCAAAUUUUUCUGGUAGAGGCAAGCGGGCAUCUUGUGCAGGUGUAACAGUAGUAGUAGCAGCAGCCGCAACAUCAUGUGCCCUGUAGCUGGUAAGCUCACUAUGCAUUGAUCGAACUUCAUUUUGCAGUUCAGCUACCUGAUCCUGCAGCACUUGAAUGGUCUGUGCCUGGGUCUGCAUAGUUCUUGCAUUAAAAGCAACCUGCUGGGCCAAUGCAGAAUCUGAUCCGACGGUCUCCAUGAAAAGGCCAGAUUAUUCUGUAAUGAUAUUGAUGUUACAAAGUUUUGGAGUCCAGUAGCCAGAUCAGCAAUGUUUUCUGCCAGAGGUAGCCACUCGUUACCCAGGUGGUUGAGCCCCUGAGCCUUGAGUGGCCUUCUGGUCUUAAGCAGAGAUGGGAGACUGGAACAGAAAGAUGAUAAUCGUAGUCAGGCAAGCCGAGGUCAGUGGGAAGGAGAAGCAGCAAAGUCAAAACAGUCCAAAUUCAGCAACAGGAAGGAGAAACAGGAACACGCUGGAUUAGAGAGUACAGGAACCACAAUAAUCUGGCAAAGGUACAGAGACAGGAAGUGGCUUUUAUAGGCCAAGGACCAGACACCUGACCAGACACAGCUGAAGUGAGUUGUCACUGAUAACCUUGACUCUACAAACAAUAGUAUCAGAUCUCAGGUAAAUUUGCAAAAGGCAGGCUGGUGUACUGGUAAGGAAAAGGUUUAGCACCAUGUAAACCAGGGUUCGAAACCCAGCAGAGUCAGUUCCUCACAUUAUCCUUGUGGAGGCGGACAAGGCCAACGAUACCAUCAGACCUGGUACCACUGUACGAGGUGGCUGGCGGAGGUGGAUGGGGCCGGGGUCGGCUCACUCAACUCCCCUACCUCUUCCUGGUGUUUCCUCACCCCCUUCUCUCUCCCUCCCCCUCGCUGUCUAUUCCCAGGGGAACCAACCGGCUGGACAAGGGGAUGGAAUAGGUGACGCCCCGACACUGUAGGACCCCCUUACAAGAGACUAACCUGGGGAUGACGUACAAAUCCACAAACUAAAAGAUGGUAGCCAGUAGCCAACCCCCGACAAAAUAACGACCCGCAUCUCCCACCCAUUGACUGGACUAAAGGGGGGAUAGUAGGAGGGGACAGGCGACAUAGCCUCCCGGGAUAACGAACGGAUAAAAGUAGGCUGGGAAAAUCAGCAGACCGUGGCCCAGAAGCACCUGAACCAUAUUACCCUUGACGAGGCAAACACGAAAAGAAGGGUCCUACCCAUCCCCUUUUAGAGAGGAGCCACCAAGAAGGUGACCGGUACUCACAACAACGCACCCAGAUAGUGUGAGGAACUAGUUACACAUUAGAGUUCAGUUUCUGUUACAGUUCACACUGAUGUUCACAAAAAAAGAGACAAG